AUGUCACGAUUGAUAGUAAAAAAUUUACCAAAAAAUGUAAAUAAUAAAUUUCGACAAUGUGAUCAUGAUAUUAGAAUAAGUUAAAAAUGUUAAUUUAUAAUGAUGAUUUGUAGAUUACAGAUACGAAAGUAAAGGAACUUUUUAGUCAUAAAGGUUUAAUAACCGACGUACAGUUAAAAUAUACCAAAGAUGGCAAAUUUAGACGAUUUGCUUUCAUUGGAUUUAAAACGGAAGAACAAGCUGUAGCUGCCAAAGAAUAUUUUGACAAAACAUGUAUUGAUACUUGCAAAAUAUCAAUUGAACAAUGUGCAAGUCUAGGGGAUUCUUCUAAACCCAGAGCAUGGAGUAAAUAUGCAGUUGAUAGUUCAACGAACAAGGCUAAUAAAGAUUCUACUAAUAAUGAGGGAACAGAAAAUGUUGCUUUGAAUAAGCCAACAACAGAUGGGAAAAAGGAAAAAAACAAGAAAGAUAAAAAGGAAGAAGGUCCAAGACAUGAAGUCAAAGAGGCAUUGGAGAAGCAUAAAAAUGAUCCUUUGUUUAUGGAAUUCCUCGAAAGUCAUACAACAGACAAAGCUAUAUGGAACAAUGAUACAUUGAUAACUAGUCAAAUUGAAGCACAUAACGAUAGUGAGACAGAUGAUGAUGAAUUUAGCGUCCAGGAUGACGAUGAAGACGAGACAAAGAACAAUGAAGAGGAAAAGGAGAAGAAGGAAAAGAUUGCGAAUAAAGUUAUAUCUGAUUUAGAGUACAUGGAAUCUCUAAAAAGGAAAGCAACGAAUGUAGAAAAAGAAGUUUCAAGUGCCAAAGAUACUUCUAAACACGGUUCUAUAAAACUUUUUACCGUAAAACUUCAAGGACUGGCGUAUAAUCACAAGAAAAAAGAUAUCAAACAAUUUUUUCGUCCACUGAAGGCGAAAUCAAUACGAGUGCCGGCAAAAAUUAAGGGUAUUGCGUAUGUUGGUUUCAAAACUGAACAGCACAUGAGGAAGGCAUUGUCAAAAAACAAAAGUUUUUUAGAUGGGAAACAAAUAUUCGUAACAAAAUAUGAAACAAAAGAACGAAAGUUUGACGAAGCAGAGAACGAAAACAAUAAUGUUCGAUGGAGGAAACAAGCAGAAGCAUUGAAAUCCGAAGAAAGCGUCGCGGAAUCGGGAAGAAUAUUUAUCCGAAAUCUAUCGUAUACGAUAACCGAGGAUGAUGUUCGAACAUUAUUCGAAAAAUAUGGUUCUUUAACUGAAGUCGACCUGCCUAUCGAUCGGACGACCAGAAAGCCGAAAGGUUUCGGUACAAUAACGUUCUUAUUGGCCGAGCACGCGGUUAAAGCGUACAGUGAAUUGGACGGUUCGAUUUUAGACGGAAGAAUGUUACAUCUUCUUCCAGCUAAAACGAAGUCUAAUCCUAUGGAAGAACUUGACGAAAAAGACUUGACUUAUAAGAAGAAGAAAGAACUGAAGACCAAAAUGGCCGCUGGAUCGUCGCACAACUGGAAUACUCUUUUCCUCGGUCAAAAUGCCGUAGCAGACACUAUAGCUGCUGUUUACAACACAACAAAAGAGAAAGUGCUUGAAGAUGGAUCAAAAGAUUUGAGUGCCGCUGUCAAGUUGGCACUGGGAGAAACACAAUUAGUUCAAGAUACGAAAAAAUUCUUGAAGGAAAACGAAGUCUGUUUAGAUGCGUUCAAUCAGCCGUCGAACAAACGAUCGAAAACAGUGAUAUUAGUGAAGAAUUUACCGGCUGCAACGCCGGCGCAGGAAAUUCGACAAUUAUUUGCGCGACAUGGUGAAUUGGGAAGGCUCGUAAUGCCACCUUCAGGGAUUACUGCUUUGGUGGAAUUCUUGGAGCCUUCCGAGGCACGCAAAGCAUUUGCGAAAUUAGCAUAUACCAAGUAUAAACAUCUACCACUUUAUCUUGAAUGGGCACCUGACAAUACUUUUACGACUGCUUCCCCUCUGGCGGGAAAAAACAAAGCCACUGAGGCAAGCGAGAAAAAGGAAAUGAAGGAACAAGUUGAUAAACAGGCGGAGGAAUUUUCGGAAAGCGAAAUAAACGGUACGAAUAAAACUAACAAAGAAAUGAGCGAGAACGAGGACGAGGACGAACCUGAACCAGACACCACUCUUUUCGUAAAAAAUAUUAAUUUCGCAACUACGGAAGAACAAUUGAAAACGUAUUUCGGCAAAUGCGGUGCUGUUCAUUACGCCACGAUAGCGACGAAGAAGGAUCCGAAAAACCCUGGCGCCAAACUGUCGAUGGGUUAUGGAUUCGUAAGAUACAAGAGAAAGGUGGACGCGGAUCGGGCGUUGAAAGUCUUGCAAAUGACAGUGUUCGAUGGAAAGACUUUGGAACUGAAACGUUCCGAACGAAUGCUAACAACCGAUGUGAACAAUGUGAAAAAGAAGUCGUCGAUAACGGCUCAGACGAGCACGAAAAUUUUGAUAAGAAACAUACCGUUUCAGGCGACGAUCAAGGAGAUAACUGAUCUAUUCAAAGCGUUUGGCGAGCUGAAAGCAGUGCGGUUACCAAAAAAGUUAGUUGGCGUCGAGAAACACAGGGGAUUUGCCUUCGUGGAAUAUUACACAAAAAGCGAAGCCAAGAAAGCGUUUGAAGCUUUGUGUCAGAGCACUCAUUUGUAUGGGCGAAGGCUGGUCUUGGAAUGGGCUCAAACAGAGGAGGGCGUGGAAGAAGUUAGGAAGCGAACCGCUAAACACUUUCAUCAAGGUACGUACGACGCAUAUUUAUUGCGCACUUGUCAACAAAAAAUCAUUCUUCGUUCACAGAUGAGUGGAUUAAGAAGAGUAGGAAAGCAACGCUAAAUCCAGAAGACGUUGGCUUGGAAGAGGUCGCUUAA